UGGUGAAGGAGAGGGAGUUAGUUGCUCUUUUUUUUUUUUUUUUUUGUUAAGAGUGAAACACUAAGCCUUCAAGUAAAGAAGAUGCAGACUUUCCAUAGUAGCCAAUCUGUCAGGCCUUUUAAGAUGAGAAAGAGUUUUGCAACUAGACUGGAAGAAGUAGCUGGAAUUCGGGCAAAGUUCCCAACGAAAGUCCCGGUGAUUGUUGAAAGAUACCAUAGAGAAAAAUACCUGCCUCUACUGGACAAAACAAAAUUUCUAGUUCCACAAGAACUGACUAUGACGCAGUUUAUAACCAUCAUUAGAAGCAGAAUGGCCCUAAAUGCUACCCAAGCUUUCUACCUGCUGGUGAGUAACAAGAGUUUAGCCAGUAUGUCACUGACAAUGGCAGAAGUGUAUAGGGAUUACAAAGAUGAAGAUGGCUUUGUGUAUAUGACCUAUGCUUCCCAAGAGAUGUUUGGAUGCCUUCUACCCAGCACCGGAGGGAAACUUGCAGACCAUCUUCUAACAACUUAACUCUGUGGUUGGCAGCUGCAGCCAGGCAGCUUCUCUGUGAAUCGUGCCAGUUUGGAGAUCAGAGAUGCUCUUUCUAAUGUGGGCUCUUAAACUCUGUACUGAGGGCUAAUGGCCCAGAUGUUGGCAGGACCAACUGAUGCAGAAGUGAUGAUGCUGUCUUCCUAAACUUUGGAGAUCAUAUUUUAUAUUGAAGACACUAAUGGGUUUUUGAACUGCACCUCCAAAUGUCCUUUUUGUAAUGCUUUAGGGUUGUUUGUAAUGCUAAUGUUUAACUUAUAUAGCUGCUUCUUUUUGUUUUUUUGUUUUGGUUUUUUUUUUUUUUGUUUAAGGUUCCUCCUAAAGUCUGAGGCUAAUAUUUUCAAAUAAAGAAACUUUUUUAAGACUA